GCCACAAGGAGCGAAGCAACUUUGGUUAAGGACUAUUCUCAAUUGACUGUGAAGAAAUUUGACCUGGAAUUUUCGGUCGAUCCGCUCUUCAAGAAGACCUCGGCCGAUUUCGAUGAAGGUGGAGCUCAAGGAUUGCUAUUGAAUCAUCUAUCGAUCGAUGCCGAUGGCAAAAUUAUAUUUGAUGCAAGUGAUGCCGUCUUGGAGGAUUCCAACGAAGAAGAUUCAAACGCGAUGGAUGAAGACAUCGCGGAACAGACCAUGGAUUUAUCAAAGCUUCGCU